CGCGGAUUAUGAACCAACAGUAGCAGAUCAGCCGCGCGACAAGAAACAUUCCGAAACAGGCGACCAGAACCGAGCGCUGCAAGAAUUUCUAACUUCGAAUUAGACUGUUUAGUGAAAUUCGGUGGAAACGAUCAUCUUGUAACAUAAGCUAGACAUAUGUUGCCUCAUUCCUUCACCAUUGAAGCGUAGUUUGAAGACAUUUUGACAUUCGCGAAUGAUAAUUUAUUGCGUAGUUUGUUGCUUCAGCCAAGUGAAUACAGUUCGAAAUAAAGAGCAUCUGGUCAGAGUAUGCAGGAAAUCUGGAUGCAGUUGCGAACAAGUAAAUGAUCACAGCAAAAAAUCAGAAAUGCAUCGGCAAGUUUCAUUCUCACUAGGUGAACUAAAACCAACAAAUGUAUGAUAUUAGUGCUAAUCAUUCGAUUUAGUUAAAACAAGUUAGUGCUUCUGAGUGAUAAAACUUACAUUCAACGCUUAAUCCGAAUAGUGUUCUGACUGUUUUUUUUGGCGGGAAUUUAUUACCAGAUAAACUUGUGUUCAGAAAAAGUUCGACCAACGGCGACUUAUUUCAUGUCUCAUUGUGAAUAGGCACCAUAAUCAGUGAUCAUGAUUGGAUUCGAGCCACCAUCUACAAAUUUAGGAAGGAUGCUUAGAUAUGCGUUGUUAGUGGUUACCGCAUUCGGAGUUACAGCUACUUUCGGAUAUCUGGAAGACCGACCACCAAUAUAUAUGGAAGCCAAGGUUGGCUCCUACGUCAUACUAAACUGCCCGGUGGAUUUUCCCAAAAACGACCCGAUCCCGUAUGUCCUGCACUGGAACAAAGAUAACAAACCCGUUUUCACUUUAUACGAUGGAAUUUUGAACUCCUACGAAACCUACAUCGGACGAGUAACGCUGCUGAACAACGACCUCAUGUACGGGAAAGCCUCCCUCAAUCUAACCUCGAUCCGUGAGAGUGACAACGGCUGGUACGAAUGCAAAGUGAUCUUUCCCAAUCGAGUGCCAAACAAGCGUAACAACGGGACCUGGUUCCACAUAUCUGUGAUGGGAGGAACACUACUUAAAAUUCCCCCUGUUAAUGAGACAGUUUUGGAGGGAGAUCCUGCAUUCUUCCACUGUAUGGCACAGAAUCCGGAAACGAUGUUUGUCGAGUGGUACAAAGAUAACGUGUCUCUGCUUGAGAUGUACGACCUGUUACACCGGUCAACGUUUGGCCCGGAUGGAAGCCUCACGAUCAACCCAACGCAGAUGAGUGAUUUGGGGUUUUUCAAAUGUAGAGUACGAAACACGAUGAAUGAUUCGCAAGAUGCGACUGCAUUCCUUAAUGUGCAGUAUAAGGCAAAAGUUGUAUAUGCUCCUAAAGAGGUUUACCUGCCCUUUGGAGAACCUGCCGUACUGGACUGUCACUUCCGAUCGAACCCACCGUUGACAAACCUGCGAUGGGAGAAGGACGGGUUCUUGUUCGAUCCGUACAACGUGCAGGGUGUAUUCUAUAAACGAAAUGGAAGUAUUUACUUUGAAAAAGUUGAUGACUCCCACGCCGGGCGUUACUCUUGCACACCGUACAACGAUCUUGGAUCGGACGGACCGUCGCCGAUCAUCAACGUAAUCGUUCAAAGACCACCGAACAUCAUUCUGAGACCGAAGCUGCUGUACGUGACCAAGAUCGGUGGAACAGUCGAAAUGCAAUGUGAUGCUAGAGAUCGAGAUGGAUACCACACGCCUCCCAUUAAUUGGAUUAAGAAAGACGGAAGUCUGUUACCACACGGUCGAUACCAGCAGAACGGAGGCAACCUGACUAUUGAAGAUAUCGUAGAAUCGGAUAGAGGAAUCUACGCGUGCCAGGCUACGAACGAAGCUGCAACCGUGUCGGCGGACGCUGAGAUUAUGAUCGAAAAUGUUUCGCCCAGGGCACCGUAUAAUCUGACCGGAAACAGCACCGAUACGGCCAUUACUCUACGAUGGGCUCCGGGAUACAUACGUCAGUAUCUGGAGUAUAUUAUCUGGUACCGGUUAGCGGAAGCUCCCGAGUGGAGAACGUUCAAAGUUAGCAAUAAACACAUUUUGGAAGCGACGAUAACAAACCUACAGCCAGCCAAGGAGUAUGAGUUCAUGGUACUGUGCCAGGACAACUAUGGCGAUGGAAUGUUCAGCAAAGCGUUCAGAUACUUUACGAAACCAAAAGAAUUCGACCAACCGGAAACGUUCCAGGAUACACUGCUGCAAUUCAACCAGAUUGGAUCACCCCUUAAUUUGACGGUUGAAAAGCGAAGCAAUAACUAUCAAGCACGUUGGCAACCGCCAGAGUUGGGUCUGGAUCAGCUCCGCUACUACAUUCUGCGAUGGUGGCUCGAACCGCAGCACAAACUGCACGGAAGUGUUUCGAUUCCCGAGGUCAACUACAUUCUUGACGAUCUGGAUGAGGAUGAACUGUACACGUUCCAAGUGUUUGCCGUGUCGACCACAAACUACACCAGCGGAAGCAAUGAGGUUGAGGUCUACGUUUAUCCAUAUCGAAGGGUGAAGGUGAUCACUAUCAGUGGCGUUUUGAUUUUGUUGCUCUGCCUAGUGGUGAUAAGCACGCUGCUGUACAUGAAACGUAACCGAAUUAAAAAACUGCGCGAGGCGGAAAAUGUUAAGAUUUGAGCGCAGCUUUACUAGUGUUGUGGGAGUGUUUCCCGAUUCGAUUUGGUAAUUAGGAAUGUGACAAUUAACACUGCUGUUCAUAGGUUAUAGGAUUCAACUGUCUGAUUACUAAACUAAGUUGCAUUGUUUUCUUUGCAAUGUGUAAGUUACAACAUUAGAUGAAAGACACCAACGUA